GUGAGAUCAAACAUUGUCAUUUUAAAGGGCCCUUCUAAACAAGAUGCUACAUUUUUAUGAUCUUCAUGGGUCUUUGAUGGUAGUGGUUCUUAUUUUGGAGUGAGUAACUGCGCAGACUUAAGGUAUGCAUCACUGAAUAGGCAAACUCCAAACUGAAUUUCACUCAGGACGGAUAAAGGAGGGCCAUGCUGCUAAGUGAGCGCUGGCAUCCAUCUGACGCAGAUCACCUCUACCAUCUCACUAAGGAGAGAGGAACCUGCUGGCUGCGAUGCAUUGCUAGAGCCUGUUUGUGUCCACAUCUACAGUAGUAUGCUUCCUACCUGUGUUUUUGUACAUACUGUAUUGUCAAAUUCCCUCUUACUAUUGAUUGAAUUGAGCAGUUUGUGUAAUGAUUUGGAGGAUGUUUUUGUAGGAGGACUUUUAGGACCAUACAUUUCUUUGACCAUGGGGGAGGAGGUGAAAAAGCGCCCCAUCAUUGCCGGCAGAGAGAAAGGUGAGCUUCCUGAAUGGAACAAACCUUGCGAUACUUAUUCAAUACAGAUAGAUCACUCAUGUAUUCUGAAUUGAGCAAAUGUAACACGUAAACGUAACAUGUCUAGUUAGUAAUUUAAUGCAUUAUCAUGUCAGAGAGGGAACAUUGACUGGAGGAGUUCAUCAUUUCUCAGAGCUUGGACUUGCCAGAACUCGCAGUAGUGGCUUUGCUUGUUCAGUGUGCACACGCAUCUGAACAUUUGUAUGCUGAUGUAAUGUCAAAUCAAAUCUUGAAAAAUUACAUGCGCCGAAUAUAACCGGUGUAGACUUUACCAUUAAAUGCUUACUAACGAGCCAUUUCCCAACAAUGCAGAGUUAAAAAGCACAAAAAAGCUAAAUAAGGCAAUAGUAACACAAUAAAAUAACAAAUAACGUGAAAGUGUGUGUGUGUGAACGUAUGUUGUGUGUGCGUUGGUAGUCCAGUGAGUGUGCAUAGAGCCAGUGCAAGAGAGUCGGUGCAAAACAAAUCCUUUCCAAAAAAGUCAUUUCCCAGGUUGUACCUUAAGUGUACUGUCUGCCGCAAUGUCUGUCUCUAGCUGUGAAAGUCAGCUGUUUGGAUGACCUAGCGUGUCUAAUUUGCACCAGCCAGAUGUAAAUAUGUGGUUUAUAUCCUCAGGCACGUCUUUAUGAACUUUUUCAGCUUAUUCGUCACUACACCAUACUGUAUAUCAUGUAAUAUGAAUGAAGUAGACCAAAUCCUUUCGUGCGCACACACAGGUCCUCAACCUAUUGUGUAAAAUAUCUACCCCACAGGGCCAGGACCUGGGCGUUACGCUCUGCCACCGACUAUUGGUUUCAUCGGCCAUGACUUCACCAAGCCAACCAGCCCUGCUUACUCCUUCCACGGCAGAAUGAGCAACAACAGUGAGUGCUACAGCGGUCAUUAAAGAGCCCCCAAGCUUUAAACAUGACAUGCUACUCUAAUGGUCAAUGGAAAACUACCUCAACUAGUAUUAGUUGAUCAUGAAAGGGAAUAUUGAAUGUUGUAAUGUCAAUGUAAAGCCACUGGGGGGAGACACCACAUACCUGUCACAAGUUCUGAACCCUGUACUACAGUCCAGUAUACCACUUACCAGCCAAAUGUGACACUGUCCUUAGGAUACUGGCAAACUUACUACAGUAUUGUAUAUCAGUUAUUUAUUUGAUAGUUUCUCUUGUUUGGCUGUGUAGUGUACGGUGUUGACUCCAGUCCUGGGCCUCAGUAUUACAUUGAUGCAAAAAUCACCCGUUUCGGCAGGGAUGGCAACCCUGCAUACUCCAUGUUGGGCAGAGUGAGAGGAUCAUCAAGUAAGUUCCCACCAACUUCAGGGAAAUACACUUUCAAUUCAGAGCUGAUCACAUGUUUUAAUGUGCCUAUAAAGUUGUAAUAAAGUAUAACCGUGUUUUUAUUUGUCAAAGACCAAAAGCUCAUUACUAGAUGUGAAAAGGUUGAUUUUCCUAAAAUAUAUGUUAAUUACAUAAGGACCUUGUUGAGUGUGGCAGUUUGUAAGCUACUUACAGCAGUAAGGCAACAAGAUACAGCUGGAUAUGACAGCUCAAGCCUUGCCUUCUGCUGUCAGCUGUUGCAACUGAAUUUCAUGAACACACUCCACAAAUAUGCAUACACUCUAAAUUGACAAUGAAUCUAUUGCAUUCCACUUAUCAAUCUUGCUUGUUCACAUAAAGCCAAAGCUAAUUACAGCUUUUCCACCAGCAGGGCUUUUCCAGACUCCUGGACCAGGGGCAUACAGCCCUGAGAAUGCUCCUCCAUGCAACACCCAGCGCAGACCCCCAUCAUACACCAUGGGCUCCCGCACUCGCUACCGUACCAUCGACUCAGUGCCUGCCCCCAACAAGUACUGUCUCCCUGCACUCAUGGGCCCCCAGGUCCCCACCAAGCCAGCCAGUGCCAGCUACACCAUCUCAGGGCACUGCAAGUCAGGGGGUCCCUCAGAGGACCUGUCCAAGACCCCAGGCCCUGGUAGAUACAACAGUACAGAUCCAAGUGUCUACCUUCCCAGGCAACCAGCUUUCUCCAUGCUAGGUCGCCAUGGCUUCCCCAAUGAUGCCACUCUGAAGCCUGGCCCUGGAACUCAUAACCCUGAGAAGGUGACUGUCCACAAGCCCCGGGCCCCUGCCUUCUCUCUGGGCAUCAGACACUCUGAGUUUGUCACCCCACUGGUGGUCAAUGUAGCUGACUGA